GUUUGCGGUCCAAAAAUAAAUCGACCUAUGGUUAUUCGGUUGAAGGUUGUAAACGAGGAGCAUUGGCGAUUGUGAACCUUUUUUUUUCCCCCAGGCGGUUUUAGGUCACCAUUUCGAUUAAUCACGCAAAAACGCGUUUGCCCAAUGAAAGUACCCCAUCUUGCGACAGCAGGCAGUAGUUGAGCAUACGCCACUGUUUGUGUUUGAGGAAUGCGGGGUGAGUGGUACUCGCUGCUACACGAGCUGUAUUUAUACACCACCGCAUCGGCCAGACGUGCUGUAGAUUACACCUUGACCUCGCCAAGACUGACCAUGAAGAGAAGUCGGCAUCCAAGCAGCAGUGAAGAAGACUCUGAUAAUGGAAGUAACUCCACUUCCUGGUCCCAACAUUCUCAACCCAGGAGAGCCAAUUGGAAGAAGCCCUCAGAAGUGUUCAGGACAGACUUCAUCACGGCCAUGAAGCUCCAUGACACGUACCAACUGAACCCUGAGGAUUACUACGUCCUGGCCGACCCCUGGAGACAGGAGUGGGAGAAGGGAGUCCAGGUCCCUGUCAGCCCUCACACCAUCCCUCAGCCUGUAGCCCGGACCUCACUAGACCAUUGGAGGGUGUGGGCUGGCCUGGCUGGGAACUCAGGUCCCUUGGUGGAAGAGUGGGGUAACAUCCAGCAGUUCACUCUGAUGGGCAUGGUGCUGCUGGACGAGAUGACCAUGGAGAGAGUGAUGGAGGAGUUUGAGAGGCGUUGCUAUGACAGAAUGAGCCAUGCCAUGGCAACGGAGGAGGGGCUUGGCAUGGAGUACGACGAGGAUGUUGUGUGUGACAUCUGUCGGUCACCUGACAGCGAGGACAACAACGAGAUGGUUUUCUGUGACAAGUGCAACAUCUGUGUUCACCAGGCGUGUUAUGGGAUUCUGAAGGUGCCAAAGGGAAGCUGGCUGUGUCGGACCUGUGACCUCGGCAUCUCGCCAAAAUGCCAACUCUGCCCCAAGAAGGGCGGGGCCAUGAAACCCACUCGCAGCGGAACCAAGUGGGUUCACGUCAGCUGUGCCCUGUGGAUCCCCGAGGUGAGCAUUGGGAACCCAGAGAAGAUGGAGCCGAUCACCAACAUGUCCCACAUCCCUAGUAACAGAUGGGCUCUGACCUGCUGUCUCUGUAAAGACCAGACUGGAGCCUGUAUACAGUGUUCAGCAAAGAGCUGUCGGACAGCAUUCCAUGUGAGCUGUGCCUUACAGAGCAGCCUGGAGAUGAACACCAUCCUGACAGAGCAGGAUGAGGUCAAGUUCAAAUCCUUUUGCCCCAAACACUCUGGUCUGAAGGGAGGACAGGACGGAGAGGGGGAGGAGGGAAAGGAGGGGACCAGAGACAAGAAGUGGCGGAAGAGUGACAGAGUCAGACGUGAUGAAGUUCCAGCCCCCGUCCCAGCCCCCCUGGAGGAGAGCAGGGUGACCCAGCAGGCGGUGAACCUGCGUCAGAUCAAACUGCAGCAGCUAGAGGAGCAGUUCUACCAGUUUGUUGACGUUAAGGAGGUAGCCAAUCACCUGCAGUUGCCCCGGGAAACAGUAGACUUCCUGUAUCAGUACUGGAAGCUGAAGCGCCGAGCCAAUCACAGCCAGCCAUUGCUGACCCCCCAGAAGGAGGAGGAGGAGAGUCUGGCUAGGAGAGAGCAUGAUGUCCUCCUUCACCGCUUACAGCUGUUCACUCACCUCCGCCAGGAUCUGGAGAGGGCGCGUAACCUGACCUACAUGGUGACGCGGAGGGAGAAGAUAAAGAGGACUCUGUGGAGGAUCCAGGAACAGAUCUUCACUCAUCAGGCCGAGCUGCUGGACCAUGAAAUCAUCAACGGGUGUCUGAACGACAGCGUGCGUCUCAGUGUGGUUUCGGCCCCAGUGGCGGUGUUGGGGUACAGUGGCCUGAAGACCCAGAGGAGAGACCGAGGGAGGGGAGGGCACCGGAGAGGAGGCCUACAUCUACUACACAGUCUGACUGAGGGGGGUAGACACGUCAGAGGACAGACGGACAACUCCAGCAAACUGAAGACAGAAAGUAGCAGACCCAGAAUAGAGGGUAGGAGGAGCCUGAGGAAGGAGGCCCAAGAACCUGAGCAGCAGCAGAAGAGCAUUAGCAGGAGGAGAGAGGAGGACCAGGGAAGGGUGGAUAGGAGGAGGAGGAGGAGGAGGAGGAGAGGAGAGAAGGAACAGGGAAUGGAGGAGAGGACAGGAGAGGAGGACAAUGGAACAGAGAGGAGAGGAGGAGAGGAAAGCUCUCCAAUCAAAGCCAAAACCAGACUGGGGUCAAAGGCCAGUGAGAAACCAGCCAGUAGGGUCAGUGAUAUGACUGAUGCUAAACCAGCCAAUAGAAUGAGUGAAGCUAGGGUUAGGUUAACUAGGAUCAAGGUUCAUCAUGUGACUGAGGCUAGGGUCAGGUUAACGAGGGUUAGGGUUACUGAUCAUGUGACUGAAGUGAAGGGAAGGAAGGUGAGGCUCAGCGGAACAGACAGCCAAUCUGAUCCUAGAGACACCAAUGUAUCCAUGACAACCAAACACAACAGUUGGCUGGCCAGUGGGCCUGGUGGAAGCCAUCUUAAGAACUGGGGUAAGUUCAGAAUCCCGAAGAGGAGCGAGAGGCCAAAGGAGGAGCCAUCAAACCCCAACCCCCCACAGCGCAGACCUCCUAACCCCAACCCCCCACAGCGCAGACCUCCUAACCCCAACCCCCCACAGCGCAGACCACUGCACAGUGAGCUGUCGUACCCCAGGAGACGACUCCGUACAGAGAGCGAUGGGUACUCUUCUGCUAAUUCUGAAACUCCGCCCAGUGGGCUGGACAUGAAGGCAUGUCACGCCCACCAGCUGAGGGGUGGGGCCUAUGGCUCUGACAUCAUCCACCAAGGGGUUCUAGCCUCCUGAUGACAUCAUCCUGCUGAGAUGCAACACUUGAAACAAACAGCACCAUGUUUAUAGAAAAUGAAGCUAGCCCAAGGUUGCUUUUUAUAAUCAAAUUUACAGAACUGAUAUUUAUUUUAUCAUUUGUAAUGUUGUAUAUAUUUUCAAUUGUUAUCAAUAAAAAGUUAAGAUUA